AUGGCUUUCGCAGCCACCCGCUCCUCUCGUUUGUUUCGUCCCACCAUGGCUGCUCGAGUUCCUGGCUCUCGCGGGUCUCGCCAGAUCUCUUUCUCCUCCUAUCUGGUUACUCCCAAGGAGCUUAAUGAGGCUCUGAAAAAGAACCCGCCUUCUAAAAUUUCCACGUCACCACGAGUUAUUCCGUUGUGUGCAGCAUGGUUCAUGCCAAAUGACGCCGAGGGCCGCACCGGCAUUGACUCCUUCCACAAGUCACGCAUUCCUCAGGCCCGGUUCUUUGAUCUUGACGCCGUGAAGGACCAGGAUUCACCUUAUCCUCAUAUGCUGCCGACAUGUGAAACAUUCGCAAAUGCUAUGAGUGAGCUGGGGAUUCGUCGUGAUGAUGAAGUCGUGGUAUACGACACCGCCGAGUUGGGAAUCUUCAGCGCCCCGCGUGUGGGCUGGACUUUACGCGUCUUCGGCCACCCUAAUGUUCACAUUCUCAAUAACUACCGCCUUUGGACCAAAGAACAAUUUCCGACCGAAAGUGGUGAACCCACACCUGUGGAGAAGAGCAAGUACCCAAUCCCAACCUACGACUCGAAGCUGGUCAUAUCUUUCCGUGAGAUGAAAGAGCUGGCAUUGGACUAUGGCAAGGAGGGCGCAGAAGAAGUUGAGAUCUUGGAUGCUCGCUCCUAUGGUCGCUGGGCUGGGACAGAUCCCGAGCCACGCCCCGGUCUUUCUUCGGGUCAUAUGCCUGGAUCUAAGAGCUUGGCUUUCCAGCAGUUGCUAGACCCGGAGACGAAGACCUAUCGAUCUCCCGAGGAACUGCACAAAGUCUUUGAGGAACACAAGGUGGACCCUGCUCUCUCCAUUAUCAGCUCCUGUGGGACUGGUGUCACAGCCACAAUUAUUGAAACUGCACUGGCUCAGGCCGAGUAUGGUGACGCUAACCUGCGCCGAGUUUAUGAUGGCAGCUGGACUGAAUGGGCCCAGCGAGUGAAGGAAUCGGAUGGUCUCAUUAAGAAGGUGAAGGAGUGA